AUGCCAACCUAUGUGAAGUUUUUGAAGGAUAUUUUGACAAAGAAAAAGAGGCUUGGCGAGUUUGAAACUGUCACUUUGACGGAGGGAUGUAGUGCUAUGUUGAAAAGUAAAAUUCCACCCAAAUUGAAAGAUCCGGGAAGCUUUACAAUUCUAAUUUCUAUGGGGGGUCGAGAUGCUGGAAGAGCUCUUUGUGACUUGGGAGCUAGGAAAAUUGAAGAUGUGUUGGUGCAAGUGGAUAAGUUCAUUUUUCCGGCUGAUUUCAUUAUUCUUGACUAUGAGGAAGAUAGGAAAAUUCCAAUUAUUUUAGGGAGGCCAUUUCUUGGUACGGGAAGGACUUUUAUAGAUGCUGAAAAAGGAGAGCUUACCAUGAGAGAUCAAGAUGAGCAAGCCACAUUCAAGGUCUUUCAUCCUAUGCGUGCUCCGAAUGCAAUAGGAGAAUGCUUAGCAAUUAGAGAUAUGGAUCCUCACAUGGUUGAGGAGUCCUAA